AUGGCUGAGGACGAAAGAAUAAGUUUUAAAUACAAAAAUUCAAAUCCCUUAUUUGAAAAAUGGAUUACUGAGUGGAGAGAUGCUGCCAAAGAGAAAAAUUCCAAUUUGCAGUUUUGUUUUAGCACCGCCCUUCAAUCUCUAAAAAAAUAUCCUCUUCCAUUAGAAACAGGAAGAGACUGCAAAAUUCUUAAAGGGUUCGGAGACAAAUUGUGCAAUAUGCUUGACAAUAAGUUAAAGGAGCAAACAAGAAAAAAUUAUAAUGUAGAAAUUUUAAAUCAAGAAAAUGCUGUUUUUAAACCAAAUAUAGUUAAAAACAAGGAAAAGAAAAGGUUAUCCACUUCAAACAAAGAAUACAUCCCUCAAUAUAAAUCAGGAGCAUAUGGAAUUUUACUGGUACUUUAUAAGCAAAGUCUUAAACCUGACUUUGCUGGUUAUUUAACUAAAUUGGAAAUAAUUAAGCAUGGACAAGCUUUAAUAAACAAAUCAUUUACAAAACCUGAUCCUGGAACAAGAUACACUGCUUGGUCUUCAAUGAAAAAGUUAUUAACAGAGGAACUUGUAUUAAAAAAGAGUAAUCCAGCCAAAUUUUCUUUAACUGAAAAAGGCAUACAAUUAGCCAAAAAGUUAAGUAAUUUUAAUGAGGAAGGUGAAAAUAAUGACAACAAUGAAAAUAUUGAAAACACUAAUUUAGUUGCUAGUACUUCUAAAGAUACUGUCUGCCAAACGAUUUUAAAGCAGUAUUCAUCAGAAUCAUUAAAACCAGAAAUUCUAAAAUAUACUUCUAUUUCUUCACAACAAUCAAAAGCUGAUAAUAUUGUAAUGGAUUUUGUUGCUAGUACUUAUGAAAAUACUGCUAGUAAAAUAGUUUCAAGGCAGCUUUCAAGCAGUUCUAUUCCAUCAACUUUAUCUUCAAAACCAGUUUUUCAAAAAUUUAUAUCUAGCUCAUCACAUCAAUCAGUUUCAGAAGAGUUUGUGGUUUUCGGACCUCAUACUUUUGAUAUUAUUCUCAUUGUGGACAAUCAGGAGACAUGUGGCAAGAAGAGAGACCAAGAAGAUCCUCUAAUAGCUGAACUGACACACCUCAAGGUCCCAUAUGAAGUUCGAAAUUUGAAAGUUGGCGAUUACACUUGGAUUUGCAGAAGUAAAACAUCAACAAUUGACUUAAUUUUGCCCUACAUUGUUGAAAGGAAAAGAAUGGAUGAUUUUGCUCACAGUAUUAAAGAUAAUCGAUAUUACGAGCAAAAAUUUAGACUGAAAAGAUGUGGCAUAAGCAAUGUAACUUACUUGAUUGAAAGUUAUGGUAAGAAUGACCAUAAUGUUGGUUUGCCAAUUAACACUUUGUACCAGGCAGCCACGAAUACUGCAAUUCAUGAUGGGUUUUAUGUUAAAUUUACGGAUCAUUUAAAAGGAACUGCAGAGUAUUUGUCUUGUUUUACUCAAUUGCUCCUAAAUACUUUUAAGUCUAAAACUAUUGCAAGCUGUUUAAAAGAUGACAUGCCUGAGUUUUUACUCCAAAAUGAUUUAAUAUCGGUAAUGACUUUUAAAGAAUUCAACCAAAGUUCAAUUAAAAAUAAGAAAAUAACUGUGAAAGAUUUGUUUAUUAAAUCAUUAUUGCAAAUCAGGGGAAUGUCUGUAGAGAAGGCAUUAGCAAUUGUUGAAAAAUAUCCCUCGCCAAGAAUGCUUUUUGAAGAAUAUAAACUAAUAUCCGAGAGUUCUGGAGAAAAACUUCUGGCCAACCUCCAAUUUUCAUCUUCAAAGAAAAAUUUGGGUGCUGUUUUAAGCAAAACUGUGUAUCAAUUAUUCACAUCAAAUUUUUAA